GUGGUAACUCGUUGCACACCCUGUUGCCCAACAAUGGUUUGACAUGUCAUAGUAUUAUGUAAUAAGUUAAGAAAACAAAUGUGGUUGUUGCAGUAAAUUAAAUGUUAAUUUAUGGCAGAACUCUAAAAUUCAAAGCUGCUAUGGCCAGAAACAUAGAAAAUGCAUGUUUUCUCAUUCUUUGGCCAACUUUUUGUCUUCCUGGUCAGCACACUCCAUUCCCUUUGUGUAUGUCCUAUAAUCAGUGGUGCACUUUGAUUUCAGUGAAAAUAAUUAAAAGUCUGUAACAUAUUGUGGAAACUAUACUGACAUAUGUAAACAGUUAUAAUCAAAUUUUUAAACUCAUUUUGUUCUCUUCAGAAUAUAAGUUACCACAUUAAAAAGAACAAAUGACAUGUAGGAGCCUAAUCGUAGGAAAUUUAUGUCAGAAAUUGCAAAAAGUAAUAAAUUCAUCUUCUCAUAUGAUGCAGAUAUUUAUAAUAACGUGAGCUCCAUUUUACUGCAUGGGUGUUUGAAGAAAACCCAUUUGCAAGCAGCUUAACUUUGUAUCAGCCUGCAUUCAUGAGAGCACAAUGAUCAGAUAAAUGGAAUGUGUGUACACUGCAUUGUAUACAAGUGUAUAAACUUUACAACAGGUCACAGGAUGACCCUUUACUGCUGUAUGCUGCUCUGUACAGUGGCAUGGGGACAAAGUUCCUGUCCAGAGACCUCAUGCGAGGGCAUGCAUAUCGUCUUGAGAAUAAGAGUCUUAGAUCAACAUUUAAACUAUGGCAGCUACAGCAUCAGUGUCAGCUUAAAUAUGUGACUCAAGCUGGGAAAGUGCACCUCAAGUUUCCUUUGACAUUCAAUCCAAUGGCUCAGGUGAGCAGAGAUGGAUCAUGGCAUAUUCCUUAUGAAAUGGAGUUUGUUGGAUCCCCAUCACAGUCAUUUGAAGCCCCUACUACAUGGCUUUGUCUUAGAUCAGGUAAAUUGAGCCCCUCCUUAAGUCAGGUGAGGCACAAGAAAAUUAGCAGAAUGUCAUAGGAUUUGCUGCUAAUGUUCUCACAUCACACAUUCCAGAUGGAUUGUCCUAACCCUUUCCAGUCCAUCUGUACAAGUAAAAAUUAUUUUAAGGCAAAAAGUACAGAAAAAACAGCUACACAUUUAUACAUGUUUUGCUAAUGUUUACUUACUAACUUGUAAGAUGGUAGUAAAUUUUGAAACUUAUUUCAUACUUUUCUGCAAGUGUUACCAACAUUCAUCGUAUCUAUGCACGUUUGGUGUGUGAUAUUUCUUGAAGCAUUCCCCUGGAUGAAGUCCAGGUUUGCAGCUGCAGGACUCACAGUUCAGUGCACUUUCCUAUCACAACACACAGCACAGUCUUUCUUUUCCCCCCCAGAUCAAAUUGAUAUACGUAAUGUUGCUCAUGGUUCAGGCAUUUCUUAUCAUCACUACAAGAAGGUGACCCUCACUUUCUGGCACUUUAGUUCCUAACAUCACCAACCAACGGUCCCAUUAAAUUCCUCCUGAACUUGAGAUGAAUCAGGGACUUCAAAUUUUCUUACCUUUUGUUACAGUUCAUUGAAACAAAAGAAUUCAGAGUUGAUGUCUUCAACAAUCACUGCUUCACUCAUCUGUCUUCUGUCAAUCCUUUCUUCUCUUUGUACAUCCACGUUGUGGUAGUGCUAAACAUCGGGACACCACUUUUAUCUUUUCACAGUAAGGCUGUCAUAAAGGUAAAGCUUUCCCUGUAACAGGUCAUGGAGAUCCAUAGGAUUGUGAGACAUCAAGGUUGCCACAUUUU